AGUUUAAGUCGGAGUCUGUUCACGGAAGGUGGUGCCGUUACGUGCUGCUAAACUGCGGCUCGAUAGAUCGUCGCGAAUUUAAUUACCGAACUAGCGGAAAGAACAACAAAAACAAACGAACGAUAAUCAGGGCGAACAAGUCGUCAAAGCGUGUACAGUUGGAGGCGAUCGCGCGCAUAUGAAAGUAAGGGCCCUUUUCGCGACGGAACGGGGCUUAAGCGUGUGUUGGGACUGUGUUUUACCUCUCUUAUUUUGGGGGAAAUGAUCGAGUGAAGACAGCAGUUUUCUUCUGUGCAUCAGCCAGAGAGGAAAAAAAAACGAUCGAACCAACCGGUUCAGAGCUACCUAUGCAGUUUCAACCAUCCGUGGCGGCCCUGCGUGUACUCCUGCACCGGUUAGAAAACCGUCCAUCGUCUACCGCCGUGGUGGUGGUGAAAUUUGAACACUGCCACCCCCUUUGUGGUGGCACCGGCCAGAGAAGAAGACAAACAACACGAGUGAAAAUAAAUUAACGAACGGUUGGCUGCGGCUCUGUUUACCUUCUUUCACCCGGUCGUUUUUCCUUUCGUUUACAUCUGUUUUCGCAAAACGAGUGCAUGUUUCGUUCGAAGGUUGCUGCUGGCGAGGAUCUUGACCAACGUCGAGACGUGUGUGCGCAAUGAAAGGCGCGUAGUGGGAAAGAAGUGAAAAAAAAAAAAUGACAGUGGAAAUGUGGAAAUUUUGCCUUCGACUCAACCACCCUGACAGCAAGGGGGGUCGGUAAAUUGCUCUGCACCAUCGACAGCCGGGGGCACAGCCAGCACGCAGCAGAUACGUUGGAUGUGAUAACACUUGUUCGGCAUCCGAUUAGUGAAACUCUGCACACUGACGGUCAAGACGCGCGGCGAGAGUGGAGGAAAAAAUCUCUGGCGGAUAAUUGAUCGAAUUGUUUGGAAACGUACGCGUUAAGUGAGUGAUCGAAUCGAAGAAGAAAACGGUUGGGUGUUUAAGCGAAAAAUUAGAAGCACAAUGCGACUCGAAACGAAAAUUAAUGUGAAUAUGUAAUUAAGUUUAAAUCUUUACGAUUGUUGGUGGUCUGAAGGGCAGCGUUAAAUUCUGGGGUUUGCUGUGUAACGUUUGGUAGACUGCCCAAGUCUCUGGAUUCACAGACAAAAAGUGCGAAUGAAGGGCAAAAGCAUCAGUGGCGAUUGCUAUCGCGAGUGAUUUUUGUGCACAAACAAGUGACGAACCGAUCGUGGCGAUUGGUGAAUUGGUGCGUGUAAGAAAGUGAAAAAAAAAACCAUAGCUUGCGGGCUGUGUGAAUGCGUGAAGCUGCUGCAACGCGUGUACUGGCCAGGAAUCAAUGACCAGCAUGCUAGGGACAGGUGCCGGAGGAAAGCAGAGGAGCAAUUGAAAUAUGUCGAAUGCUGAAUACCUGGCGCAGUUUCGUACUCCAACACUAACCCCCACUCCCACCGGGUAGCAACCAUGAACCCUUGGAAGACUGACGGUUUGACGGAUCGGCGGCAUGCGAUGAACCUUUCAGGGUUAAAUAUGACGGGCUCGAAAGAGAUGCCGGUUGGAUAGUGGAUUGGUGUUAUGCGUCAGUUUGUUUUCCGAUUGAUUUUGUUUAUUAAAGUGUGAGCAAAAAUGUAGACGCCCAACGGUCAAGUGUUUGUUUGUUUGUUUUUUCGCUUUUUUUUUGUUUUUAAUUCGCUUGUUACCGCGCAAGGAGAGACGAACGCGGGCUUAUACUAAUUGAAGACCCGAGUGAGGAACCAUUGGGGUUUUUCCGUGUUUAUUUUUUUUUCGAGUGAAAACGCGUAUGUGUGUGACGAUGGGCCGCACACGGAUGAGCGUCGUGUUGUUAGUGGUGCUCAUCGCGUGCAAACUUGGCGAUCCGGCGCGGUCCAACGGAAGUGACGGUAGUGAUUCGGCGAAACCUGUACCACCGGAAUCGACCACGGCCGGAAGUGAACGUAGAGGAGCACCUUCGACGGUGGCGUUCAGCCAACCGCGUCAGCGUGAAGUGCGAAACGGUGUCGGGGAAGCGUCUAUCAUCAACCGGGGGUGGUUCGCAAAUGAUGCUGUUGCUGUUGCUGCUGCUGCUGGAACUACAGCAUCGGUUUCACAAGUGACAACGACGACGACGACUCCAUCCACUUCGGUUUCAUCGCAGUUGGACAGCCGAUCGUCAGUACCAGCUGCCACCGACAAUCUAAAUGAUACGAGCACGACAACGCCGGCGACCUUCGCUCCAUCGAAGCGGCGCUCCGUCAAUCGAGACAACAAGUUGAUGUCGGUUUUGCAAGCUCGCCGGACUGCCCUGUCCAGAGACCGUUGGCAGAAGGAAUACGUUCCACCAUCGGUGCUUAAGCUUCAUCGACACAACAAUCCGACGGUGAAUCUGGUGGAAGAUAGCAGCACUCCGGAAUCGAAUUUAAUUAUUCCACCUGGCUCUCGGCCAGACGAAUUUCUCGACACUGACGAGUCGAUUCACGGAAUGUACGUGGUGAAUCCUCGCAACGGGAAGGUUGCCGCGUCGCCCCAGAUAAGGCUUGCCAAAGAAACGAACAAUUUGGUGGCGCAACACAGCAACAAGAGCAUUGAGAGCACAAAGUUAACCUCGGCAAAGCAGAUAUCGGCACGAGGUUCAUACUACGAGCCACGAGCUAAGCGGACGAGAGAUCGAAAAACCUUAUCGACUUCCACGGAACGACCCGUGGAGGAUGGCGAUCUGAUUCCUUAUCAGUAUUUCGGACAGAAAUUAAUUCCAACCAGUCGGAAUGCAGAUUCCCGGAAUCAGGUGCUCAACCCGAAAGGAACAAGACUUACCAAACUGAAGGAUGAUUCGCAGGAGAUUAUGGAGGUUUCAGCACCGAAAACUUCGACCGAAAAAAAUAAGUUCUGGCAAAAUCGGUUGGCUUAUCAAAGCAGAAAUGUUGUAGCCUUCAACAACUAUUUGAGGCGAUCGAAAGAUGGCCUGUAUGGCGUGACUCCGGUGCAGACGUCAACCACAACGGUGGCUUCCAGCACCCGAGGGAUGGAUAGUGCCGUGCAUGCAGAUUCACUAACAAACUCGAUGAUUGCAUUGAGCAAUCUCUCCGAGGGAACGAUUGAUUCAAAGCAAGUUUUCUCCAGGAGUGCAAACUUUACUUCUUUGAACAAGACUGAGAUGAUGGUGCAAAGUUCGACGGUGGCUACUAGCUUGGAGGAGAAACCAGUAACAACAACUACAGCAUCCACUACACAGAGUAUUCCUGCAAAUCACAAGCCAGACGAUGAGCUUCCGGCUUUGUUCAGCCCUACAGGUCAAGCGGCGAUUUCGAAGCUAAUCAUAAACUAUCCGGACGAUGCUACACCGGAAGAUUUGUACCAUCCGAACAGUUAUCAACCAGUUCCGGAGCACGCUCCGGUGACUACGACUGCACCACCGGAAACGACUUUCGUAAAUAUGGAAGAGUUCGAGAACCAUAGAAACAUGGUAUCUAUUCCCGAUAUAAACCACAUCUUCCAGAACCUAUCGACUAGCCCGACUACGACCACAACGACGGGAAUACCUAUGCCUGUGAAACGAAUAUCGCAGGUCGACACCAUCGUUGAGACUGCGGAUGCAAGUACCGAAAAUGUUUUACCUGUAAUGACCACAACCGCGUCCAGUACAGAACAGACUCAAGACGUAACAACAGCCCCACCACCGGAACCGUCUAGCACUACUAGGACAACGGAAUCCACGACUCUUGCCACUUCAACCACAACGCUAGCACCGGCUCCAUUCUCGCUACCUCCCACAACUCCCUCGUCAUCCACAACAACGACAACGACAACAACAACAACACCUUCCACAACAACCACCAAAGUAAAAAUCUCCACCUACCCCGACGUUGAUACGGAGCCACCCUACGAGACUGACGACCGAGAGCCCCAGCAGCCAAACUCCACUCGCUUCAAUCCGGUUCUACCGCACGUGCUGCCGAAACUGACGCGGGAUCCUAUCCCACAGUCUCGGGUGCCCACCAUCGUGGACUACAACACUUCGCCCUCGGGUAUGGACAACCGAGGCAACGCCGCCACGAAGAAACCGACGAUCGCAUUCGAAGGUGUCCUGUUACAGCACAACAGCGACGUAGUGAUCGAAAUGCGCAAAAUGAACACCGCUACAUUCAUUCUGGCCGGACUGGGGAUGCUACCGAUCGUGAUAAUCAUUCUGUACGUAAUCAAGGCGGCAGUAUGCAAACGCGAGCACAAAGUUUCGCACGAUCUCGAGCGGUACAUCUCGGACGGACAACCGCCGAUUAGUCCUGUGGUGCGAUUGGAGCAGUCCGACACCUCGAGCGUGGCGGAUGAGUCGAUCAUUACCGAUCGGGAUUUCAACCGGAAGAAUCUACGCUUCAAAAGUCUGCUCGGCGAGGGUAACUUCGGUCAGGUGUGGAAAGCGGAGGCGGACGAUCUGGCCGGUCACUUCGGGACGACGCGAAUUGUGGCAGUGAAGACUGAACGGAGCGAUAACGGCCACGGAGAUUUGAAGGCGGAGGCGGAGAUCAUGCGAAAACUUGGUUCGCAUCCGAAUGUGGUAACGCUUUUGGGGGUUUGCUUGGAGCAAGAACCGCAAUUGCUGAUCAUGGAGUACGCCAUGAGGGGUCGACUGCUGUCUUUGCUGCGGGCGGCGCGUGGUGCUGUGAACGGACUGGCACCUUCGGCGCACGGAAAUCGACCACCGAUAAUGCCACUGUCGCCGAGGAGGCUGACCGGCUUCGCGCAUGACAUUGCCCGUGGGAUGGAGUAUAUUUCGGAAAAGAAGAUCGUCCACCGCGACCUGGCCGCCCGGAACGUAUUGCUGGACCAUAACGGUAUUUGCAAGAUUUGCGACUUCGGCAUGUCGAUCGAUCUGGAAAAGAUCAAGUCCUCGCAGGCGCACAUCCGGAUACCGCGUUCCCACCAGAGUGAGUCGAGAUUCAAGUUCGAUCUCAGUGCGCGAUCGUUCGGCAUAGGACGGCACCACAACCACGAGGGCUUCGGAAGGCACGGUCAUGGGCGUGGACACGACAGCAAGAGCAGGCCGGCCCUUCCGAUACGAUGGAUGGCUCCGGAAGCGUUGCAGUAUCACAUUUUCUCCCGCGAAACCGAUGUCUGGGCGUUUGGUAUUGUUCUGUGGGAAAUUACUACCUUAGGGUGCACCCCAUAUCCGAACCUGUCAGGGCGAGAGGUGGUCCGGAAUGUACCGAACGGAAUCAGGCCAGAUAUUCCACCGGAUUGCCGUCCGGAGCUGUACGAUUUGAUGCAUCGAACCUGGCGGAAGGAUCCUCGCCAGAGGCCAUCAUUCUCCGAAGCACGAACAUCCCUGGCGAGGACGCUGUGCCAGUGGCAACUGGAGGAAACCGACACAUCCAACACGUCCGAGUAUCUGGACGUCAGCGGAUUCAGUGAAGACCUGGAGCAGGGGAUGGUCUACUUUAACCGGAGGAUUUCGGAGUUUGAGUGUGAAAUCUAGAUUUUUGCUUUUGCUUCCUUCUCCACCUCUGCGUCCGUCCGUUCUGUGUGAAUGCACCGUCCAACAUUGUACAGUUACAGCAGUAUUACCCAAGUCUUUCUUCAUUCCUACACGAUCCUAGUUUGCAUUAAUUUAUUCCUUCGACACGCGCCUGCGUUUUCAAUCCGCUAGUUAUUGGGUUUUUCUGUCAAACCAUUGCUCAGCUUAACGCUAUUGUUUCCAGGCGCCAAACCGAAACUUUUGUAAAUAGGAAAUCUUUUUUUUUGCUUUCCCGAAAUAACUGUGUGUGGGUUUAGAAAAUCACGAAGCAUUGUAUGUAGCAAAACACACCCCCCGUAAUAGCAGCUUUUGUUCCGACUCUGGUGCUUCCGGAAGUCGGAUUGUCAAUAGUGUGCACUUUUUCGUAUACCACAAAGUGCAAUGACGGCUUUUCUUCAUUCAUAGUGUUGUUUUGACCCGCUGUUAGUGUUAGAAUCCCUGCGUGAACCAUCCUGUGACACUGUGAUUCAGUAACAUGUGUCACACGAUCGCGUACGUGGAGAGAACAUUUCGAACAUUUCAUCACGCAAUUUGUACAUUUACAAAUCAUACAACUAGCACGUUAGGCAACAACUUUCACUAAUAAACAAGUUGAUUUUAUUAUUAUUUUUAUAGGUAUUUUUGUUUUGUUAACUAGAGACAAGAGACGACAGGGAGGGAGUUUGUUCCUCCCUGAACAAAGCGGU